AUGGCUUCUCAACGUCCAGCGCAGCACAGAUCUGGAGCAGCUGGAGCUAUUCAGCUGGCGCCAGUCUCAUCCGUCAACUCCUCGAGACCAGCAAGUCAAUUGCCACCAACAAGUCCACCUCUACCGGCAGCUCCGUCAAUCCAUUCAACAAGCAGCCAUGGACCAAAUGCUGCAGCACAAAACCUUCCUCUGCUAUCCCAGUCUGCUGCGCCCCUGCCGGCUUCGAAGGGCGAGAGAUUUAAUCAGGGUGCUGACCGCUGGCUGGCGCGACUCAAGCAGGCCAAGCACGAUAGACUAUUCGUCUACCUCACCGUAUUUGCGGCUGUCACGGUGAUCAUCAAUAUCAUUCAGGCGGCAUGUUUAGAUUAUUUACACAGCCUUGCUUGGAUCGUAGUCUUCCCUGCUGUGGUCCUUGGGGCCAUGGUCUUGACAGUAUUUCUCACAAUGGCUAUGAGUGCCAAGGAGCUGUUGGGCGAAUGGCACGCUACCGAAGUUCCCGAUCGCGUGGCUCGCCUUGGCGUCGUCCUCUCGAUCCUACUACCUGUCUUCGUCUGCGAGUUCAUCUACAUGCCGCUUGUCGCCAUCCCAGCAUGGCACAGUAUCCGCUGGACAACAAGCCUGCGAGUGGAGAGUCCCACUCUGUUCCCUGCCGUGGUCGUGGCAGUCAGUCAGCAACCAGCCUUUCUUGCGGCAUACGCUCUUGCCCCUUCCAGUUGCGAGGUCAUACUCACUACGGGUAACUCUUCUUUCUGCCAGCUCUCUGAUGUCCAGCACACGUCGCCGGUCGAUUAUGCGAACGACACAAUCGAGUACGACUACACUAUCUUCAACCCUCUUCACCAGACCGCAGAAGGAGCGACUUAUGCCUGGGACGCCAUACACACGACCCUCUCUUUAGGUUUCACAGCCAGCUAUACCCCGAUCGACGAAAUUCAAACCAUAUACAACCAAUCCCAGAUCUACAUCGGCUUCUACGACGCCACCCUCCCAUUCAACAUAGACGACUUCCUAGCCGGCUGCCGCAACCCCGACCUCUACUACAAAGCCACACAGCGCUCCUCCGACGGCGGUGGCGGAGACUUCUAUCCCGGGAUCUUCGAGCUCAGCGACAGCACCGGUGAGCUCCGCGACUCCGACACCGAGUCCUCGGCGACGAUCUGUUCUUCGGAUGCCUUGGCGUUGCGGGAUUAUACUUACUAUGGCGGUCGUUUCGACCCGUCACCGCUGCCAGCUGGCUGUAGUCCCGUCUUUGGAUCGACUACCACCUGUGGUUGGUUCCUGUCUAUUCAUCUUCAAUCGUCUUUGGCGACUACGCAGAGGAGUAGCAGAGGGACGAACACGUUGCAGAUUUUGAUUGAUGAAGGUAGUAUUCUUGGCGGCAUCUUGUUCUUCACAUGGUUCUUUGGUAUUUUCGUGGUUUAG